AUACAGCCGAAUCGAGUAUUUUGCAUGCAUUAUCGCUGGGAAAAAGUUUCCAAGCUGCUUUUUUAAGCAUUCCCUCUCGGCUGCAGACAAUGUACACGCACGCCUACCAGAGUUAUGUAUGGAACAAAAUGGCCACUGAGCGGCUUAAACAAAACAAGUUAAAGGCCAUUGCUGGAGACUUGAUAGUGAUUGACGCCUGUACAGAAUUGGGAGCCUUGACUUUUGAAGUUCAUAUGCGAGACAAAAACCAAAUCAAAGUUCAUAAAGUUACUAAUGAAGAGGAAACUUUGCAAAUUUUUGAUAUAAGCAUGGUAUCUUUGCCUCUCCCAGGCUACGCUGUUUUUAUUCCGGAGAAUAUCGCAGGGAAAAAAUACGAAGAACUGCUGAGUGAAGAUCAUGUAGAGCCUUCACUGUUCAUUAAGAAAAAUCUUUCUGGUGGAUAUCGCAAGUUGGUGGUUCCUGUCGAAAAUCUUUCUUGGGAUUUUUUAAAGUAUUCGGACAGAAAUGAAGUGCUGACUUUGUCUGAUUUUGAAGAGUUUCAAGGAAAAACUUUACCAUCUGGAGAUACAGAAGGCCCUUAUAAAGCCAUAAGAAUCAACUUUUCGCUUCCGUCUUCUUGCUAUGCUAGUAUGGCUCUUCGAGAAAUCAUGAAAAUGGAUACCACUACCGCCUUCAACCGAGAUCUUUCGGAACGCUUGAAAAAUGGAAAAACUUUAAAUUCUGAAAAGAAAUUGAAUGGCGAUCAGUAUGAAAUAGAAUUUUGAAUUACAA